AUGGAUCGAAUCAUCGGCGAAAAGUUCAAGCUAGGUCGAAAGAUCGGAAGCGGAUCCUUCGGUGAAAUCUAUCUCGCGAGUCAUAUUGAUACGUUCGAGAUCGUUGCAGUCAAAAUCGAGACUGGGAAAACGAAGCAUCCACAAUUGCUUUAUGAAGCCAAACUCUAUAAUAUUCUUCAAGGAGGAAGUGGUAUCCCAAGCAUAAGAUGGAGUGGUGUAGACGGGGAAGACAAUGUGCUUGUUAUGGAUUUGUUGGGGCCUAGUCUAGAGGAUCUUUUUGUUUACUGUGGGAGGAAGUUCUCUCUCAAAACUGUCUUGAUGUUGGCUGAUCAAAUGAUGACCAGAAUAGAGUAUGUGCAUUCUAAAGGAUUCCUACAUAGGGAUAUUAAACCGGAUAACUUUCUCAUGGGACUUGGUCGGAAGGCAAACCUGGUUUAUGUAAUUGAUUUCGGGCUUGCAAAACGAUAUCGGGACUCCGCAACCAAUCGCCACAUCCCCUACAGGGAGAACAAAAACUUAACAGGUACUGCACGGUAUGCAAGCUGCAAUACUCAUCUUGGGAUUGAGCAAAGCCGGCGGGAUGAUUUGGAGUCACUAGGGUAUGUGCUGUUGUACUUCCUCAGAGGAAGCCUUCCUUGGCAAAACCUAAAGGCCGCGACGAAGAAGCAAAAAUAUGAUAAAAUAUGUGAAAAGAAAGUAUCAACUCCUAUUGAGGUUUUAUGCAAAUCUCAUCCUGUAGAGUUUGCUUCAUACUUCCAUUACUGCCAUUCUUUGACUUUUGAUCAGCGACCUGAUUAUGGAUUCUUGAGGCGCCUCUUUCGAGAAUUAUUUGCUCGUGAAGGUUACAAAUUUGAUUAUGUAUUUGAUUGGACAAUUUUAAAGUACCAGCAGUCUCAAAAGAGUAGAGUCCAGCCUCACAUAUCCCCAGUUCCUGUAGUGAGCAACAACCGGGCAAUGCCCAUGGAUGUUGAUAACCACCAAGGGGAUAUCUCAGCCGAGCAAAUUAAAUCAGACAAUGCUACUACUUCUGGUGUUAAGUUUCAAUUUAAAUCAUCCGGUGGUAAAAAUAUAGCUUCUGAAAACUCUCUUGGCAAAAAUAUUUUUGGUGAAGCACCCAUCCCUUCUACUUCAUACUCUUUUGAGGCAUCAAGAAGAAACUCCUUGAAGCCUUCCCCGUCCCCUGAAGCUGCAAACCAUAGACAUGGGCAAGGGAGCAGUAAAAUUGGUCCUUCAAGUAGUCGGAUGAAUGUUCUGCACUUAAAUUCUGCUAAGUGA